GAAACGGGGUAGCAAAAGACGAGAAAAGGGCGAUGCAAUUAGUUCAAGAGGCUGCUCGACAAGGACUGCGAUCACUUUGGCAACGAACGCAACAAAAACUCGCCUUACGGUUGGACUACACUACCUGUUAG